AUUACUUUCCGUCAGAAUGAAUUCAUAAACUAAGGUUAAAUAGUACAUGUAACGUGACAAAAAGUGGACAAUAAUUGCUUAUGAGUGUUUAUACUUACACUUGUUCUACAGUGCCUACUUGAAUCGUCUUAGGUAAUAACAAACUUCUUCAACAAAAUGCAUAAGACGAUAAUAGGUAUCCUCACGGGCUGUUUGUGUGUUUGUACCGUAACUAUUUCAACCUCAACCUCUUCGAAGACUGCUACUUCUAAUACACCAUGCACAUCGGCUUCAUCUUCACUUGAGACAUUAUCUGGAUCUGGACUACCAACGGGUACUACAACGAGUACUACUCAAUCAGUUAUUGGUUCUGUUACGCCUACAAAUACAUCGCCAUCAACAUCGACCGCGGAUCCAACGUCUGAAGCGGAAACCGUCUUUCCGUCUAAAGUGGAAACUACGUCCGAUGUUCUAACUCCAACAAUAAUUCACGCACCGACAACAACCCAACUUUCGACUGGAACAGCAGAAAUGACAACUGUUACAGAUACAACUAAUACGGAAACGAGCGUUAAUCCCACGACAAAUUUAGAAACAUCCACAAGUCUUACAACUAAUACAGAAGCGGCCGUUAGUCCUACGAUUUUUUCAGAAGCGACCACUACAGAAACACCCGUAACUCCUACGAUCCAAUUAGAGACGACUACACGUCUCACGACUUAUACAGACACGAGCGCUACUCAUACGAUAAAUUCAGAAACAACACUGCCAGACACGGAAACGGUACCUACGGCUUACACAGGAACGACAGAAAGUCACACAACCUAUUCAGAUACUACGAAUAGAACUACGACUAAUACAGACUCAACCAGAAUUUCUACAAUUAAUACGACUUAUAAUCAAACGGUCACAAGUCCUCCUACAGUCAGCACAGAAACGACCCUUACUCUUACGAUAAAUUCAGAAACAUCCACCGAAGCAAUCAUGUAUAAUAUGUCAAUUCCACAUACCACCACGGUAACAACGGUAAUCACAGGAACGACAGGAAUUCAUACAACAAAUACAGAUACGACCAAUAAACUAACGACUAAUACAGACACUGCCACACUUCUUAGAACUAAUAUCACUUUUAUUUUAACGACACCAAGUCCAACCACCAAUACCGAAACGACCGUACCUUCUACGAUCCAUUUAGAAACGACAACAAGUCUCACGACCAAUACAGACACGAGCUCUACUCAUACGAUCAAUUCAGAAGCAACCGAAAAUUAUACGAAUAAUACAGAAACGAGCACAAUACUAUAACAUAUCCAAUUACGACCAUGGACCCUACGGUUAACAAUGAAACGACCACAAAUAAU